CUCAGAGUACAAAACUUCAAGAAAUUCAGAUAUAUGAAGUUGAUUUCCAUGGAAACCACGUCAUCCUCUGAUGACAGUUGUGACAGCUUUGCUUCUGAUAAUUUUGCAAACACAAGACCCCAGGCUGACCAGGAGGGCUGUAGAACCCGCAGUCAGAGCAGGCAUUCGGGGUCCCUGCGCGUGGCAAUGACGUUUCCAACACGAAAUACCAGGACAGCGGCCAAGAAAAAGACCAUUCCUCCCCAGUCCUCAGAGAAUUCUGUGAAUGAUGCCAGCUCUGAUUCAGAAGAGGAAAAAGGCAUGGAUUUUCUGGAGAAAAGGGCUUUAAAUAUAAAGCAGAACAAAGCCAUGCUUGCAAAACUAAUGUCUGAAUUACAAUCCUUCCCUGGCUCAUUCCCUGGAAGACGUUCCCUCCCAGUUCCCAGUUCACAAUCAAAGACACCCCGAAGACGUACGUUCCCAGGUGUUGCUUCCAGAAAAAACCCUGAACGGAGAGCUCGCCCUCUGACUAGGUCUAGGUCCCGGGUUCUGGGGUUCCCCGGUGCUCUGCCCAUGGAGGAAGAGGAAGAGGAGGAGGAGGAUGACAAGUACUUGUUGGUGAGAAAGAGGAAGAUCAUGGAUGACUACAUGAACGAAGAUGACAUGCCCAGAAACCGUCGCCCAGGGCCCAUGACCCUUCCUCAUGUAAUCCGCCCAGUGGAAGAAAUUACAGAGGACGAGCUGGAGAACAUCUGCAGCAACUCCCGAGAGAAGAUCUAUAACCGCUCAUUGGGAUCUACCUGUCAUCAGUGUCGCCAGAAGACAAUUGACACCAAAACAAAUUGCAGAAACCCAGAGUGUUGGGGUGUUCGAGGCCAGUUCUGUGGUCCCUGCCUUCGGAACCGCUACGGGGAAGAGGUCAAGGAUGCCCUCCUGGAUCCCAACUGGCAUUGCCCACCUUGCCGUGGGAUCUGUAACUGCAGCUUCUGUAGGCAGCGUGAUGGACGUUGUGCAACGGGGGUCCUGGUGUACUUGGCCAAAUACCACGGCUUUGGAAAUGUGCAUGCUUACUUGAAAAGUCUGAAACAGGAAUUUGAAAUGCAGGCGUAA